AUGGCGUCCCAAACCCCCGCCGUUGUCAUGGACAACGGUACGGGAUACUCGAAGCUCGGUUUCGCCGGCAACGACUCCCCAUCCUUCGUCUUUCCCACCGCGAUAGCUACCAAGGGCCCAACUGGCGGUACCGGCGGAUCUGGCUCUGGACGCCCAGCUGUCGCGAACAAACCCUCAUUUCUGACCGGUGGUGCUGGUCCUGGUGGACAUCUUUCUGGAAAACGAGGCACCGAAGACCUGGACUUCUUCAUUGGUGAUGAAGCUCUGGCCGCAGCAGGAGGCGCGGGCUAUGGCAUCAACUACCCAAUUAGACACGGCCAGAUAGACAACUGGGAUCUCAUGGAGCGUUUCUGGUCCAAUUCGAUAUUCAAGUACCUGCGAGUAGAGCCGGAAGACCACCACUUCCUGCUCACUGAACCCCCAUUGAACCCCCCAGAGAACCGCGAAGCCACCGCCGAGAUCAUGUUCGAGUCCUUCAACGUCGCCGGUCUCUACAUUGCCGUGCAAGCUGUGCUUGCAUUGGCCGCGUCAUGGACAAGCUCCAAGGUGCAGGACAGAUCCCUCACGGGUACCGUCAUCGACUCCGGUGCUGGUGUUACACACGUUAUCCCAGUUGCUGAAGGUUACGUCAUUGGCUCCUCAAUCAAGAGUGUCCCCAUUGCCGGUCGAGACAUUACCAACUUUGUCCAAUCGCUCCUCCGAGAACGUGGCGAGCCUGACUCGUCCCUUCAGACCGCUGAACGCAUCAAAGAGGAAUUCUGUUACGUCUGCCCAGAUAUCGUGAAGGAGUUUGCACGCUUCGACCGCGAAUCAGACGACCGCUUCAAGAAGUACACGGUCAACUACCCCAAUGGCAGGACCGCCUCCGUAGACGUCGGUUACGAGCGCUUUCUUGCACCUGAAAUCUUCUUCAACCCCGAGAUCUACUCCUCCGAUUUCUUGACCCCGCUACCCACCAUUGUCGAUACCGUCAUUCAGUCCUCACCCAUCGAUGUACGUAGGGGACUGUACAAGAACAUUGUUCUGUCUGGUGGUUCAACACUCUACAAAGACUUUGGUCGCCGCUUGCAGCGUGACAUUAGACACAUGGUUGAUGCCAGGAUCAAGGCCUCUGAAGCACGGAGUGGAGGUGCAAAGAGUGGUGGUUUGGAUGUACAGGUCAUUACUCACAAGAGACAAAGACACGGUCCUUGGUUCGGAGGUAGUUUGCUCGGACAGACGCCCGAGUUCAAGAGCUAUUGCCAUACCAAGGCGGAGUACGAUGAAAUCGGCCCCAGUAUUGUCAGACGGUUCGCCCUGCUCGGUGGACCAGGAAGCUCGUAA